AUGGGGCCAUUGUCAUUGUAUCUUCAAACCAAAAAUUUAGAUAUUUUGUCGGCAUGGAAGAUGAUAGAAGAUGCUAAGUCUUCUGUGUCAUCGAUAACUAUUACAUUAAUUCAAAAUAAAGCAAUAAAAAUGGCUUCUGAUUUAAAUGAAACACUUUCAUAUUUAAAGCUUGCGGAGGGUAUCUGUGUACAGACUGCUCUGCCAAAAAUUCGAAUAGGACGAGCAAAGAGAAUAAAUAGUGAUGAAGGCCAGGAUGAACGUCCUCAAGAAUCGAUUGACCUUUAUAGGGUGGAAGUAUUUCGUCCUAUAAUUGAUCAAAUUAUAAACAGUUUGUCGGAACGCUUUUCUGCGAAUAGAGAGCUUAUUUUGAAUGUGCGAUAUUUGCAUCCAAGGCAUUUUGAUGACAUAAAUAGUAUAGUUUCAGAAAUGGCCUUGAAAAAACUGGCGCAAUUGGCAAAUAUAUCGAGUGAUAAAUUACAUAACCAAUUGUGUUCAUUUUCUAGUGUAUUCAAAGAUUUAAUAGCAGAAUUAAAUGAAACGGACGUUGAUAUCUUAUGUACAAGUGAGGAGUCGAAUGAAGAAGAUGGAAUACUACAAUAUGAUAAUAACUCGAAGUGUGAUAUGUGUAACAAUUGUUUAAUAUGCGUGUAUGAAAUUCUUAAGAGGUACAAUAUGCAUGCAAGUGCAUACACUAAUUUAUUUUUGGCGUAUGAAUACAUUUUAACUUUAUCAUUUACGCAGGAUUGCGAGAGAACAUUUAACAAAUUGAAAAUUAUAAAAAAUAGGCUGAGAGCUAAUAUAGGCCAAGAAAAAUUAGAAGCAUUAUUAAUGAUGUCAGUUGAGCGAGAACUAUUAUCGCAGAUUGAAAUAGAAGUAAUUCUUGUUUAUUUACUCAUCAAAGAUAAAGAGAGAUUUAUUAACAUAAAAAUUAUAUAUUACUAA